GGGCGGGCAUCAGCAAUGAUGGCUGUGGUGCGCAUUACGGUGGGGCUGGUGGCGGUGGUAGCAGCAGUGGGAAUGCCUUACAUUGAACCUCAGCAACGCAUCGAUUCUGUUUCCAGACAGCUGGACAACGUGACGGCCUGGGGAGAGGGUGGCAAGUCAAGUUUGCCCCCGACAAAAUCAGGCCAUGGUAAUAUCACAUGCCGGGGAGAGCACGGACCAGCUGCAUGGAAGGCUAAGGCUUGGAGAAGACCUCUAAAAGACAGUAUUGACAUCCUCAGCGUGGAGAUUGACUCUUGGCUGCACUUUGACAAGCACCUCAAGAAGGUGGUCCGAAAUGCCUCCUUCAAGGUGACACUGCUGCGCCGAGUGAAACACCCCUCCCCUGAUGACUUACUGACCCUGUACAAGGCCCAAGUCAGACCUGUCAUGGAGUAUGCCCCCCUCACCUGGAUGUUAAGUGCCCGCUGGAUAAGCGUACAAAGGUGGGCAGAAUGCCUUAUCCAAGGAGGGGACCAACAGAGAUCACUCCAGCAACCAUGGCAACAGCAGCAGCAGCGGACAUCAAAGACUGGCCCAGCAGCUCCAGCGUUGGACUGCUUGGUGCACCACAGGAGAGUCACCGCCCUGAUGGUACUACACAAAGCACAGGUCCAGCACAUGUCGCACCUGGUGGACCUGAGGGCCAUCUAGAGGAGGUCUGAGCGAUGCACGAGGACAGUGCUGAGCAACGACUCCCUCUUGGAGGUCCCAAGGUCCUACUCCACCACCCACCAGCGCGCCUUCCCUGCCACAACGGUCAGGCUGUGGAAUGCCUUCACCACUGCUGUGAACAUCAGGCAAAUGUCCACCCAGCAGGCAAAGGUUCAAAGUCUGCAUGGAACCCCAAGAAGGACCAACCUUGAUUUUCACUGGCAGAGCAACAGACAGCUGUAGGGCUCCCUCCAUGUGUUUUUGGACAAGCUGUGCCACCUGAAUCACAUCUUCACUCAUAACCUGCAA